AACCCAAUGUGUUAUCUGAUUACAAUUUAGAUAAGAUAAAACUCCUUCUGCCGUCCUUCUGCAGUAGAGUGAGAGCAUCCAUGUGUUGUCCAAGCCAAUUUUGUGCUCCUCAAUUAUAGAAGAACAAAAAGCUAGUGGUAUAUAAGUUUCCAGUACAUUAUUAUAACAGUGGAAAUGAUGAUUACCUACGCAGCCUUAACUUGAUAAACAUUGGCUAAGUAAGGUUAAAAGUCCCUUGGUCUACCCUUUACAACAUUACUAUCUGGCUAUACUCAAACAACUGCGGUGACGGUGUUAUGUGGUGACGGUGUUAUGUGGUGAUGGUGUUAUGUACUGACGGCAUUAUGUGGUGACGGUGCUAUGUGGUGAAGCUUCUGCUCGGCAACUGCUUUGGAAAUAGAGAAGUACCAUCGAGAGGCAAUGAUGAAAGCGGCAGGGAUGAUGACUAUGACCGUGGGCGUGAUGAUGAUGAUGAUGAUGGCCGUGGGCGUGGAGAUGUCGGGCACGAGCGUAGGGGCCUUAGAACCACCCAUAGGAUUCAGCUUAUAUCAUUUGGCUGGGAAAGAUGCUGAGGACUGGUCACCUUCCUUCCCACUGUCAGAGAGUCUUACAGUCGCUCUCAUGACGCCCACACAUCCUUGGCAAGAGUUCACCUUUGGUUUUGAACUCACAGAUGGCACUGCAACCGGUUCUCUACGCUUGAGGAAUGUUAUUAAUGGUUCUGUGAGGUUAACGCUGGAGAGUUUAAGAUCGUCAAGUUUGAAACAGCAAGUGAUAGUGCUGUCCAAGGAGGUGUCCCUGAAGAUACUGUCACUGACUAACUGGACUUUCUUCUCGCUAUCGGUGAUAAAUGGACGUCUCACUCUUUCGGUAGAAGGUAGUGAGGUGGCGAGGUUUGACGAGAUGGAUGCCACACAAUUUCACCAGGUUUAUGGUCACGUGUCUCAGGGCAACUAUAUGUACGUCAGCUUCAAACGUGAUGGAGCAGUGACUUCGACGUCGCCCACUCCAGGCGUGACUUGGGGGUCGCCCACCUCAAGCGUGACACCGGAAGGGUCUUACGGCUCUCCUGAAGUUUCCUCUUCCAACACAAUUACUGUUGUCGUCAUCCUGUUCCUUCUGGUGGUGGCCUCUGUCGUUGGGUUUUGGUACUACAUGAGGAGACGCAGCAGAAGAAAAGCCGAGGAUGUAAGGGAAAUGAUGACGAAUGAUGAUAUAGAGAAAAGAGGAGUCGAUAAACAGCUGAAGGAGAAAACGAGAGAGACCGAAAAUAUCAAAAGUACUGAAGACCACGAGAGUGAGCCUCUUAUGGAGGUGGUGAGCCAUGGUAACGAUGGUGUCGUGUAUAAUGACGAUGGUGUCAUACAUGGUGGCGAUGGUGUCAUGCAUGGUGACGAUGGUGUCAUGCCAGGAAAAACAUACGGUUCUGUGUUACAAAACACACAAAAUUUUGUGUCACAAAACACACAAGAUGUUGUGUCACAAAACACACAAGAUGUUGUGUCACAAAACACACAAGAUGUUGUGUCACAAAACACACAAGAUGUGUGUCACAAAACACACAAGAUGUAUGUGUCACAAAACACACAAGAUGUGUCACAAAACACACAAGAUGUGUCACAAAACACACAAGAUGUGUCACAAAACACACAAGAUGUGUCACAAAACACACAAGAUGUGUCACAAAACACACAAGAUGUGUCACAAAACACACAAGAUGAUGAACAUGGUGAAAGUGACGCAACAAGCUUCUUUAGAAAGAAACACGAACAAGAAAAUGAUACUAAUGAACAAACGACGCUCAAGAUUGACUCCCCAACUGUGAACACCGCAGGAGGAGAUCAACAAACUGAGCAUGUUAUGGGUGGAACUAAACAUCCCAAGAAUUACGACCUCAGUUACCAUGAUUACGAAACAGUAGAGUCUAAUAAAAGGUUUAGUCAAGGAAAACAAAAAUUAGGAAAACAGAAAAGCAAGAUAACCAAACAACCAAGAGAACGUCCAUAUCUGGAUUAUAAACCUUAG